UCAGUCCGGGCAACUCCAUCUUCUGGGGAGGAGGAUGAGUAGAGGAGCCCCGUCCUAGUUUGUUGUUUUUGCAAUAAAUCUGAAAUAAUUAACAGCCAGAGUUGUCUCCUGUCUGUGGGAGAGACCAAGCUGUAACAGGAGGAAACCAGGGAUAUUUUAGGGAGCAGGCGGGGCCCAUGACUUACAUUACAGGAGCCAAUACAACACAACACACUGUUGCUGCAUGUCUGUUAGAGUGCUGUGCCCGCUGCCUGGUGGGGGCACCCUUCACCUCGCUGGUGGCCACGGCCCUGUGCUUCCUGGGGGUGGCACUCUUCUGCGGCUGCAGCCACGAAGCCCUGACCGGCACCGAGCACCUGAUCGAGACCUACUUCUCAAAAAACUACCAGGAUUACGAGUACCUGGUCGAUGUGAUCCACGACUUCCAGUACGCCAUCUACGGGGUGGCCGGCUUCUUCUUCCUCUUUGGUGCCCUCCUGCUGGCCGAAGGCUUCUACACCACCAGCGCUGUCCGGCAGGUCUUCGGCGACUACCGGGCCACCGUCUGCGGCAAGGGCCUGGGCGCCACGGUAGGCCACAAGGGGAAGGGGCCCCGAGGACACCGGCCCGGCCACUCCUGGGAGCUGGUGUGUCACUGUGUGGGAAAAUGGCUGGGCCAUCCCGAUAAGUUUGUGGGCAUCACCUAUGUCCUGACCGUCCUCUGGCUCCUGGUCCUGGCCUGCUCGGCUGUCCCCAUCUACGUCUACUUCACGGCCUGGACCACCUGCAACUCCAUCGCCAACCCCACCAAGACGGCCGCCGGCAUCGGGAACCUCUGCACAGACGCCCGGAUGUAUGGUGUCCUGCCGUGGAACUCUUCCCCGGGAAGAGUGUGUGGCCAGAGCCUUCUCUCCAUCUGCAAGACAUCCGAGUUCCAGAUGACGUUCCACCUGUUCAUUGCAGCCUUUGUGGGAGCAGCGGUCACCUUGGUGGCUCUGGUGACAUUUAUCAUCGCGGCCACCUACAACUUCGCCGUCCUGAGGCUGAUGGGCCGGGGAACGAAAUUCUAACCCGGCACACCCCUCCCGGGCGAAGAGACUCCCUCCCUCUUCAUAAUAAUAAUAACCCUCGUAUUAUUUGCACCCUGGACUGGUCUUCUAACCGCGAGGCUCUAACCAGGCGGCCGCCAACCUCCUGCUCUAACUGCCCGUCAGCCAGUUGGCUUGUCCCGAUCCACCAGGGUUGGACUACAUAACCCCGGGGUACCUUUUCAAAUGCAACCAUGAUUCUAUGAUCUCACUUGACCCAGCCGGACCCGAAAACAGGAUUAUCUGGGGAUUUCGUCAGCGCGGGAAACCAACGUCGGAGCGAGAGAGAGGUCCUACAACCUGUUAGUCCUGCUUUUUGGAGGAAAAAUCACUCCGUCCCUUGAAGCUUCCAAAAAGAAAGUCAUUUUUUUGAAAAAAAUAAGUGCAGUUUUAUGCUCAAACGGCAGGAAAUUAUUCGACAAGAUAACACCAUUUUUUUUGGUAAGAGGCUAAUAAAAAUGUGUGUGUGUGUGUACACACAUACAUAUAUAAAAAUGUGAAAAUCGACCGUUCUUAACAUGGCGCGCAGAAAGCCGAAAUAACGAAGGACGAAUAACGAAGGAUAAUAUUGAAAUAAAAAUGAAGGGUGAAUUUCAUGAGAAGAGCUUGUCGGUUUUUUAAUGCUUCGCUCCGUUUUGGUGGGGAAAUCAGAUGGAACUACCGUAUUGUCAGGAAUAAAAGCCUCCCUUUCCCCCCAAAUUCCAACCAGGAAGUUUUAAAAGUGGCAUAUAUUCAGGCCA